AUUAAAUCUAGUGCUUUUUGCUCCGCAACGUUGUUGAUUUCCAAUCCGUUGAGGAAAUGUUAAGCAAGUCUCCGGUGUGGAGUGUGUCACUAAUGAUUGCUAAUUACCGCAAUUAAUAGGCUUUUUCCACUGUAAUGAAUUCAAAAGCCCAACAUUUAUCCAACGAUUGAGCCACCGUCACACAUGUUUGGACAAGAAGAUGACAAUUCUGGAAGAUAACGUAAUCCCCUUGCGUAGCAAACUACGUCUCCCGACGCAAAAUCAGGCCCCGAAGCGCGAAGGCUCAUUCCUCGAAGCCCCCUAUCGCAAGCGCCAGGAGCUGGACAUGUUGAACGGCUAUCGGGCCCCCGAAGCGGGCGAUUUCCCAGUCGCCACCCUCGCGAACAUGGGCAACACGUGCUUCCUCAACAGCGUUCUGUACACUCUGCGCUACGCCCCGACGUUCCUACAUAACCUCCACCACCUGAUCGGCGACCUGGCGCUCGUAAGCUCGCGCCUCAGCCAGACCAAAGCCAAGACCUCGUCGCUGGGGCGCAACGUGGGGGCCAUCACGGGCCCCAGCUCGCGCAGCACCAGCAGCAAGGACUUGCUCGCCUUGAGCUCCUCCGACAUUAUCCCCAAGUCUAAGGUGCAAAUCGUCACCGAGAAGCUGCACGAGCUCUACGUCACGAUGCACAAUUUGGAGGUGAAGGAGUCGAGCGAUGCCUACCAACCUGUUGCACUCCUCCAAGCCAUUCGGGAGGCGAAUUCGAUUUUCGAAGGGAACCACCAGCAAGACGCCCAUGAGUUGCUCGUCUACUUGUUGGAUAAUAUAAGGGAGACAUGUGACUUGCUUACGCAACAAGUGCAACAAAACCCCGAUUUGUUGACUGAGAGUGAGAUCAUUCCCUCGCCCAACAGCAGCAAGAUUUGGAGUGUGCGACGUUCGUGGAAAAUCACGAAGAAGAAGGAAAAGAACGCGAAGGAGGCUAUAAGUGAGGAGCAAGUCAACGGUGCGAGUGUCACUGACACGGAGGACGCCUGUUCCGUCGACGGAGGCGGCGAUAACAACAAGAAGAAGCUGGGGUACAACUUCGUCGCAGAGGACUUCGAAGGUGUGACCCUCCGGCGCACCAGGUGUCUCGAAUGCGAGAGCGUGACCGAGCGCAAGGAGCCGUUCUACGACAUCCCGGUGCCAAUCCCCGUCAAAGACACCGAUUUCGAGCCGGACUCUGCGAGCGAAAUCUACCGCAAAGCGUGUGUCACUAGUGAAAAGUUGUGCGAUGCCAAUAAAUAUUUGUGUGAGAAGUGCCAGCGUUAUAAUGAGGCUAGUCGUGACGUCCUCUUCGAGAAACUCCCGAAUAUUAUGGUCCUGCAACUCAAGCGCUUCACCACGUCUUCCGCCGGCGUGCAGAAAGUCAACACUUACCUCCCGACGCCGCUCGAACUGGAGUGCUUUUGCGAGUCGUGUUGCAACGUGGAGGAGGAUGAGACGCCCCCGCAUCGCUACCGCCUGUGCUGCGUUAUCAUGCACCUGGGGGCGUCCAUGGCCUCGGGCCACUACAUCGCCUACGUGAAGGCGUCCGAUCACUUCGAGGACUACGUCGAGUGCUCCAGGAAUAUGCCCAAGGGGAGUUUGUCGGCGAGCAGCAGCGAGAAGUCGCUCAACAUUUUGAAGUUUUUUAAGCCCAGGACGAUAGGGUCGUUAAGUGAGAACAAGAGUAUUUUGUCGAAAAGUGUGGUGAACGGUGUGAGGAUGUGCAAAAGUAUGGACUGUUGUGGCGUUAAAAUUAAUAAAAAUGUGGUGGAGAACGUUGUUAACUCUUAUCCGAGGAACAAAGAGGAUUUUUGCAACGGCGGGCCCGAGGAUAUGUGGUUGGAGUGCGAUGAUGAAAGUGUUAAACCCAUUACGAGUCAAGAGUUUAAGGAGGAGUUGGCGUUCAAACCCAACUCCACUUCGACGCCCUACUUGCUGUUCUAUUCCAAAAUUACUGAUAUACCUUUAGAUUAAUUUUUGCGUUGAAGCACUUAGGUAAGAUCAAUUAUUUAGGAAGUACAAAACCCCUCGACUAACUGAAUGUGAUAUUCAAAGAAUCUUUAUCUAUAAAUUCUGUUAUGCACGUCCAAGUCUUUGGGCCCGUGCAAAAAUAAUUGUUUCCUUGAUAUUGCGCAAAAUUUGUAAUGUAUGGCUGUGAGACACAUUUCUUUAAGUUGUUCGCAUGUUUUUAGUAAUUAUUUUUCUAAAAGUUGAUAGGUUCUAAACAUUUGGACCGAACAGUUCGAAUGGUAAUUGAGGAUAAUUCCAUUAAAAAAAGGUCCGCAAUGGACGAACCUUUUCCUGCGUCAAGGAAUUCUGACCUCAUCACAAAACUUGUCAUGAUUAUUACAACUUUGCGAUUGUAAUAUUAAACGUUAAUCACUCCAAACCUAUCAACUUUUGCGUUGUAUUCAAUUACCAUUAUCACUAUAAUAUCAAUUACCUUGUUUUUGUUACUAAUUUGUUUUUUAGUGUCCAACAGCCAUACCUUAAAGCAUCAAUUGCAGUGUAUACCAUUAACAAAUUUUGCGCGGCCCAAAGGCUUGGGCCGUGUGCUCUUGCUUUACUUCCUAAAUGAUCUAAUAACUGUGUCGCAAUAUUGGUUCUGCUUCAUUAUAGAAAAUUAUCUAGUCGUUAAGAUGUUCGGGGUGUUCGUUUGGAUUUUUUUCGAGGUGUAUUUAAUAGUUUUUCAGCGUAAAUAUAUCAGUUGCUUGUUGGCGGCACUGAGGUAAUCAAAUCGUUGUGAUACACCAUUCUUUUUGCCUUUGAAGUUGGAAUUUAUCGCGAGUUUUGUAAUGAUCACUGUUGUGCAACACCCUGUAACAUUGUUCAAUAAAAAUCUGGCAAACUC